AUGUGUCUUCUCUUACUUCAGCUGCUGGUGCUCCUGCCUCUAGGGAGGGCUGCACAGCGAGAUGGCCACCCAAGUCCUAGUUCUGUCUCCCCUGUGCUCCCAGAAAGGGAUCGCAGAGAGCUCCCCCUUGACAACCAUGAGGAUGCCGAGGAGAAGCCAGACCUUUUUGUCGCAGUGCCCCACCUCAUAGGGGUAGGAGAAGGCCAGAGGCAGAGAGGGAAGAUGCUAUCCAAGUUUGGCAGGUUCUGGAAGAAGCCCGAGAGAGACCUGCAUCCACCCCAGGACUUGGUCCCUGAGCGCGUCCCACCUGGGACCCACGCCGUCACCCAGCCCAGAGAUGGGACGCAGAUGGAGAAAUCUCCUCUUCGGGAAGAGGCCAAGAAAUUCUGGCACCACUUCAUGUUCAGAAUGAGCCCAGCCUCUCAGGGGAUCAUCCUGCCCAUCAAAAGCCAUGAAGUACAUCAGGAGACCUGUAGGACAGUGCCCUUCGGCCAGACAAUUACCCAUGAAGACUGUGAGAAAGUUGUUGUACAGAACAACCUUUGCUUUGGAAAAUGUGGGUCCAUUCAUUUACCUGGAGCUUCACAACACCCCCAUACGUUCUGCUCCCACUGCUCGCCUGCCAAGUUCACCACGAUGCACUUGCAGCUGAACUGCACCAGCCUUGCCCCCGUGGUCAAGGUGGUGAUGCUGGUGGAGGAGUGCCAGUGCAAGAUGAAGACUGAACAUGAGCAUGGACACCUCCUCCAGGCAGGCUCCCGGGCAGAAUUUCAUGCCCAGGAUCCCUUCAUCCCAGGAUUUUCUACUUAA